AUGGUUGCACCCACUGCUCUAAAAAAAGUUACCGUGACAACAACGGGUGGUGAAGACAGCAGCAAGAGUAGAAUUAUAGGAAUAAGUAAUACUGAGAGCAUUGGGGAUGAUGAAGAUGAAGAUGUUCUAUUAGAUGAUGCUAGCGAUAACACAGUAAAAGAUGAGGGAAAUAACGAGGAUGGUAGUCUGAAGAUGCGCGAAUCCAAGACCGUAGUGGUGGAUGAUCAAGGGAAGCCUCGCUUUACUUCAGCUAGUAAAACACAGGGUAACAAAAUAAAGUUUGAAUCGAGGAAGAUCAUGGUUCCACCACAUAGAAUGACACCGUUAAGGAAUAGCUGGACUAAAAUAUAUCCUCCACUGGUAGAGCACUUGAAGCUGCAAGUCAGAAUGAACUUAAAGACCAAAUCGGUGGAACUAAGAACGAAUCCUAAAUUCACAACAGAUCCGGGUGCACUGCAAAAAGGUGCUGAUUUUAUCAAGGCUUUUACGUUAGGGUUUGACUUGGAUGAUUCUAUUGCAUUAUUAAGGCUAGAUGAUCUAUAUAUUGAAACCUUUGAAGUAAAAGAUGUCAAGACUCUAACGGGUGACCAUUUGUCUAGAGCUAUUGGUCGUAUUGCCGGCAAAGACGGUAAGACAAAAUUUGCCAUUGAAAAUGCGACAAGGACAAGAAUAGUCUUAGCAGACUCUAAAAUCCACAUUUUGGGUGGGUUUACUCACAUUAGAAUGGCCAGAGAAUCUGUCGUAAGUUUGAUUUUAGGUUCGCCUCCAGGUAAAGUUUACGGAAACUUACGUACGGUCGCAUCUAGGUUAAAGGAACGCUACUAA